AUCUAUCCAUCAAAGAUGAUGAUCGGAGAAACUAACCACCUUAAUCGGACGCUCCACAUUCCUCCGUGGCCUAUAUACGACGAUCCAUUUAUUACCGACGAUUUCUCUCAUUACCUCGUCGGAGAAUCGCUAACAGCGGCUCUACAACGUUAUCUUCCGUCCAAUGAGACAUCGGAAAUCGAUUUUGAUGAAUCGGAUCUUUCUUUUGAAACAUAUUCAUCCGAUCAUUUCAGAAUGUUCGAGUUCAAAGUGGUUAAAUGUACACGAGGACGUUCUCACGAUUGGACUGAAUGUCCGUACGCUCAUCCUGGUGAGAAAGCUCGCCGGCGGGAUCCGAGGAUCUAUCAUUAUUCAGGUACGUCUUGUCCUGAUUUCCGUAGAGGUGAUUGUAAGAAAGGCGAUUCAUGUGAGUACGCUCAUGGCGUGUUUGAGUGUUGGCUUCAUCCUGCUCGUUAUCGUACUCAGCCAUGUAAGGAUGGAUUAAACUGCUGCCGUCGAAUCUGUUUCUUCGCUCAUACACCUGAUCAGAUCCGAGUUAUCACCUCGCGAUCAUCAGCAUCGUUGGAUUACUGUUACGACAGUCCUCCUCCUCAAGUAUCUCAACGCCUUGUUUUCAUGUCGUCGCCGGAUUCUGGUUCUCCGUCGUCCGAUUCACCGCCGAUGUCGCCUCUUACCAAUCGGAGCUCGAUUAACGAGGUGGUGGCUUCUCUGAGACAGUUACAGCUUAAUAAGAUGUCUUCUUCUUGGAUUGGAUCUCCGACCGGGUUCGGAUCCUCGAGAAUGAAUUUCCAGCAUAUCGGAUUCAACAGCCUGCCAACAACGCCCCGACUAGGAAUCGGAUUAUUUGAUCCAUUGGAGGAGCCCGUCAUGGAAAGGGUUGAGUCUGGAAGGGAUUUGAGGGCGAAGAUGUUCGAGAAACUUAGCCGGGAGAAUCCGUUAGUCGAUGAACAGAAUCCGGAUUUUGGUUGGGUGUCGGAUCUUGUCAAAUGACUUGACCCGUACAAUAAUGACUAUUUGUUAUUAUGGGUCAUGAUGAUCUCAAACGUCACGCGAAUACUGAUAAAAUGGGUGGGUAUUUAUUUCAUAAUCAAAUCAAUCAAAUCAUAUUUAAGAGGGACCAAUUUCGUGUAUAUUGAAGUUUAGGGUUUGAAGUAUAAAAUCGCUAUUUUUUGGGGGGCCAAGAAAUACAAGAUGGAGAAUGAUAUUUCUUGUAUAGACAAAAACUAGAGUGUGAUGCAUAAGUAAGUUACUUUAGUUUUGAUGGGUAUAUAUAUAUAUAUUUUAUUAUAAUUAUG